AUGUGGCGGCGGCAGCAGGAGCAGCAGCAGCAGCGGGGCCGCGCGCUGCCGGGCGCCGUCGGGGCGCUGUGCCGGGCCCUGCCGCCCCGCGCCCGGCCCGCCCCCGACACCCUCCGCCGCGCCAGGUUCGACCGGCCGCAGGCGAGCCUGGAUUUCUGGAGGCUGCUCUACACUCUUCUGAAACAAAUCCAUGGAGGCAAGUGGACCGAGUCCAAUGCCAUAGAUAACCAAAUUAGGUUUGUAAAAUCAGCGUUGUGGUAUCAUGGCUAUGGCAGGCCAGAACUCUAUCAGCUCCCCUCCGAUGGCUCAGCGGGUAGUCGGGAGCUGCUGCUGGCAUUUUCCUGGCUGCUGCACAGACUCAGCCUCUUGGAGCAGCUUUUGGCUCGGAACAGAGUAAAGACUGGGGAUGAAACCUCUGUGUGCACGUGUGAAGAUGAUCUGCCCAACAGCCAGAAAGGUACAACUGAAAUAGCACCGGAAUAUGGGCUAGAAGACAGAGUAGAUGUUCGAUACCUUCAGUGGUUAAACGGGAGGCUGAGGUUCCAGUGGCGGAGUUUGCAUGCUCAGCACCAAGAGCAAUGCAAACUUUUGCACAAGAUCCAUUUAUUCACUAGUGGCUUUCAUAUGGACCCAAUCCUUGGACAUUUUUCUUUCACAGAAAUAGAUCUCAUUAGACAACCGGAGAACUACAAGCAGCUGUUACAGCUUCUGGAGUCUGAAACCAUGCAACUAGAAGCCUUUCUGGAGUGGAAGCAACUGGAACCAGUUUAUUGGCAGUGGAUGGAAACUGUGUUAGAUAAUAUGGCUGAAGAGGGAAAUAUGUGCGAGGCCCAGGACGCUCAUGUGGAGAAAAGCGGGCUGCCAAAGGCUACCUCGUGCUGCCCCUGGGCUCACAGUCUGACUGGGCAAAUUGACAGAUUAUCCAGAGAUCUAACGACUCUCCGUGACCAGCUGCAUGAGCUUGUAACUCACCGAAAGGCUGUGUGGUGGGAGAAGGUGAAAACAAGAGAGGAAGAGCUACAGAAGGAGGGGUUCUCUGCCACUGCUAGAAAGAUACAGGAAAGUGUUGAACUAAAACUGCUAGAUCUUACAUACCUUUGUGCUCCAAAAAAAAAAAAAAUGCAUGGUUUGUGCAGACUGGUGUUCAGAAGCAAACAUUCUGCCAGCAAAACAGGCUUCAGUAGGUCUGUAUCCAAGGAGCCUGUUUCAGCUGUCAGUGCUACAGAGGUGAUCAGAGAACUGCAGAUGAGAGAGGCCAGCCUGGACAGAGAGCUGAAGCAGCUGCAGGAAGAGUGCAGGCAGAGGCUGGAUGAAAUUGCGGAAGGGUUGGAGGGAGUGAUUUGUAUCUCCCCUUGAAGAGAUAAAGCUGGACUGAGAAGAGCAAAGGAAUAGACUGACUUGAUGAGAACACAUUUUGCAGCUUGGCAUGGGGGAGUGCAAGGUGAGGAACCAAAUGUAAUUUCUAGUUUUUAAACCUGGGAAUCAUAACUUGUUACUGCUUUGUGACUUGUACUGGGGCCAUAACCUUGGUGGUUCUCUCUGCAGCCCCUUUAUUGCUAACCUUGCCAAUUAAAUUCUGCAGCAGGCCUUGGUGGGAGUGUGCGUAAAUCUCCCUUUUAUCUUUCGGAUUUCUAGUUCUUCUGCCAAGCACUGGGCUCUUUUACAGUGCUCAGCUGCUAGGCAUUGAGGCUGCGCAUUGAAGUAGUAAUUGCAUUCAGUGUUUUCCAGCAAAUGGAAGAGUUCAUUAGUCAGAAAAAUCCAGGUAUUGGAGAACAUGCAAAGUACCAAGGCUUGGAGAGAUUGGAAAUGUUCGAGAAAGUGUGCUAUUUUAAUUCAGCUGGUUUGCAUCUUUGUGGCAGCUAUAAUGCAGUCACCAUAAGGAAAAACAAAUGCCUAAUAAUAAAUAAAGCAGCACACUGAUUUCAUUUACUGGUGUGAUGCACUUGAAGUAAUUGGGUUCUCAAAGAGAACAACCUAGAAACCCAUUCCACCGAGUUAUGAGUCACAAUGACAUAACUUAUGGAUCUGCAACGGGAAGUUUCUGUAAAAUAGAAAUAUGACCCUAACUUCCAAGCUUGAGGAGUCUCCAAGCUCGCUCUCUGGAGGCUUCUUCCCCUGGAACAUGCAAAUGUUUUUUCACUUGGCAUUCAUUUCCUACCCUUUUCUGUUUUGCUUUCACCAAGGAAUAUUUUUAUAUUCUAGUUGUACACUUUCAGGAAUAAAUAAAUUUAAAAAAACCAG